AACAUUCGUAUAAUGUUCAACACAUUAACAAAUAGUUGAAGUAGCAGAUUUCAGAAAGUAUAUAAGAGCUGAUGUGUGUGAAAUAAACUCCACAUCAAUAAUAAGAAUUCAAAUUGGGCGUUGUAACUCAGUGAUGCUGGCUGUCUCGGUAUUCCUGUUUGUAGUGAUUACCUCACAUGUGGAAUCAGUUUCAGCUAGUGAUGAGAGUGUUGAAACCCAACUGAAAAUGUUCCUGUCAAAAAUCAUCCCUUUCGGAAAGAUACAAUGUUAUGAAUGUGCCAACUGUGAUAAAGUGGACAGAAGCACCCAGAAAAAACAGAACUGUGGAGCUUGCAUUAAAGCUGUUACGACAAAACCAGUGAAAAUAAUUACAAGAGGAUGCGUAGGUUCUUGUGAAGGUCUCCCUAAAAUUCCAAAUACUGACAUCUACUGCUGUGAAUCUGAACUCUGCAAUUCAACAACGCAGAUCAAGUCGAAUCUCAAGCUGAUAUGUUUCACCCUCCUUGUUUUCAUUAUCGCAAAAUAUUUCCAAAAGCUCUAUUGAGUACAUUUUGGUUAACUGUAACAUUCAGGGAGUAACGAUUGUGUAUUACUCUUCAGUUUUUUGGUUUUCGUUUCCAAGUCAGAGAUUAUAUAUAACUUUGUGGGAAAAUCAAUGUUCAUUUGAAGGAUGACACUUUUCAUAGACAUUAACAUCAAUCGAAUGUAACUCAUAUUUGUAUUCGCAAGAAAUUCAGAAAUCCGGUUUCACAGGCACAUUUUUUGCUAUACACAAUAUGGAGUCAUGCAUAUGUAUAUGUAUAUGCAUAUAUGUAUUACAUUUUUUAAACCCUAAUUUUUAACGAAAUAAAUGUGAAUAAUAGUUCCGCAUUUUCACU